AUGAGUGUGCGGGGCGACCCGGCGACCGCUGCUCCCGGGGAUGAGACGGCGGAGGAGCUGCUGGCGCGCGUCAGGGGGAUGGUGCCGCCGGCGGUCGGCGCGGCGACGGCCGCGGAGGGGUUCCCCGGCCGGUGGAAGGCGAUCGCGGCCAAGCUGGGCACGCUCCCCGCGCGCCUGUCCGACCUGUCCAGCCACCCCCGCUUCGCCCGGAACGCGCUCUGCCGCGAGCUGCUGCACUCCGUGGCCGCCACGCUCGCCGAUGCGGCGGAGCUUGCUUCGCGGUGCCGGGGCCCGCCGAGGGACGGGAAGCUGCAGACGCAGAGCGCCAUCGACGCGCUCGGCGCCCGGCUCGACGUCAACCUCCGGGACUGCGCGCUGCUCGUCCGCACCGGCGUGCUGUCCGACUCCGACGCCUCCGCCGUCACCGCCCCGGCGACGGCGCAGGCGGACGUGCGGGAGCUGCUCGCGCGGCUGCAGAUCGGGCACGCCGAGGCCAAGAGCCGCGCGGUGGACGGGCUGCUCGACGCGCUCAACCGGGACGAGAAGAGCGUGGUGUCGCUGCUCGGCCGCGCCAACGUGUCCGCGCUGGUGCAGCUGCUCACGGCGCCGGCGCCCAAGGCGCGGGAGAAGGCCGCCAUGGUGAUAUGCCGGCUCGCCGAGUCGGGGGGUGGCGCCUGCGAGGGGCUGCUCGUGUCGGAGGGCGCGCUGCCGCCGCUCAUCCGGCUGGCAGAGUCCGGCAGCAGCCUCGUCGGCCGCGAGAAGGCCGUCCUCACGCUGCAGCGCCUCUCCGCGUCCCCCGACGUCGCGCGCGCCAUCGCCGGCCACGGCGGCGUGCGCCCGCUCAUCGAGAUCUGCCAGACGGGGGACUCCGUGUCCCAGUCCGCGGCGGCCGGCGCGCUCAAGAACCUCUCCGCGGCGCCCGAGGCGCGGCAAGCGCUGGCCGACGAAGGGAUCGUCCGCGUCAUGGUCAGCCUGCUGGACUACGGCACCGUGCUGGGCUCCAAGGAGCACGCCGCCGACUGCUUGCAGAACCUCACGUCGGGCGGCGACAGCUUCCGGCGCGCCGUCGCGCACGACGGCGGGCUGCGCAGCCUGCUCCUCUACCUGGACGCGCCGUCGCCGCAGGAGUCCGCGGUGCGCGCGCUCGGGAACAUGGUGGACGCCAUCUCCCCCGACACCAUCGUGUCCCUCGGCGUGCUCCCGCGGCUGGCGCACGCGCUCAGGGCCGGGUCAACCGGCGCGCAGCAGGCGGCGGCCGCGGCGAUCUGCAGGAUCGCGGCCAGCGGCAGCAAGGACAUGAAGCGGCUGGUGGGCGAGCACGGCUGCAUCCCACUACUUGUCCGGAUGCUGGAGGCCAAGUCGGCCGGCGCGCGCGAGGUGGCGGCGCAGGCGGUGGCGAGCCUGGCGGCGGGGCACCCGGGCAACGCGCGGGAGGUGCGGCGGGACGAGAGGAGCGUGCCGAGCCUGGUGCAGCUGCUGGACCCCAGCCCGGCGAACACGGCGAAGAAGUACGCCAUCGCGUGCCUGGCGACGCUGUCGCCGGCGAAGCGGUGCAAGAAGCUGAUGGUCUCGCACGGCGCCAUCGGGUACCUGAAGAAGCUGUCGGACAUGGAGGUCGCCGGCGCCCGGGACCUGCUGGAGCGGCUGGAGGAGCGCGGCAAGCUCCGAAGCAUCUUCGGCAGCAAGAACUACUCGUAA